CACUCCGUGUCCCCAGUGUCCCCGUGCAGAACUCCCCUUUGUGACCUCACCCCCAUCUCCAUGGCCACCCUGCCAAACACUCAGCGUCAGCAGCGCUGCAGCAGCAGCAGCAGCAGCACAGGGGGAGCAGGGAAGCAGCUGGAAAAUCUCAGAGCACCCAAGUUUUUCAUGGUUUGAUUGGGCUAUAGCACCCAAAUCUAAGAGGAAAGAAGAAUCUGUGACUGCUGGGGAAAAAAAAWACCAAGCAAAGGAUGGAGAAAAASGACGGAGAGAUACGCCAAGAAAUAAUCGACGUGGAACCCCCACCUCGGGAGAGAAAACUGUACCUGCAGGAUGAGUGCAGGAUCCUGACCCAACACCUGGACACGUACCUGGGGAGAGCCAAGCAGCUCCUGCAYGACAACAAACGCCUGGACAAGGAGGCGCAGGAGAUGGAGGAGCAGAACCAGGAGUACCUGGCCUGUGCCAAAAAGCGCGGGCAGGACCCCCAGGACAUGCUGAUCACCCUGAGCGACAGGAACUGCCUGGACCUGGCCCAGGUCCGGGCGCAGAAGGAAAAGCUGAUCCCGGAAUACGCCGAGAGGGAGGAGGAGGUGAGGAACGCCCUGAAGGAGACGGAGGCCGAGGCCUCGCGCGUGGACACGGAGCUGGAGGAGCUGCAGCCCUACAGGGAGCUGAAAGUGCAGGCGGAGAAAAAGGUGAAGAAGCUGGAGAAGGAAUUGCGYGUCACCAGGAUACGCUGUGCCGAGGAGACCAACGGCAUCAGGAGCAGAUUCGUGCAGGACAAGGCUGAAUGUGAGCAGGAGCUGCACCAGAGGAUGCAGGAGCUCACCUGGGGAGCCGAGGAGGUGGCRCUGCAGGCUCUGAUCCAGCACGUGGAGCAGGUGAAAGCCGAGAACAGGAACCUGCGCCAGGAGCUGCUGGGCCUCCUGCAGCACUGCCAGGUCCUCAGGGACGCCAAAGUGCGGCUGCAGGAUCAGCAGGAGCAGCUGCUCCGCGAGAACCAGUGCGCCCAGCAGGCAUCGCUGCUGCUGCGAUCGGCGCGGGGACCGCGCUGCCGCCGCGACAACCAGCCCCGCUCGCGCAGCCAGGGCUGGCCACUGACCCCAAACCCGUCCGGGACCUGGAGGAAAUGAGCCUGGCAGCACCAAACCCUUUAGAAACAGUGGCAACACGGAGGAGAUGGAGCUCCA